GUAGAGCUUUGUCGCCCUGCUGGCGGUAUGACUGGGCGCCGCGGCCGGACGGGCCCGCUGCAGAACGCGCAGCGCCGGGGCCGAGAGCUGCGGGAGCAGGUGAAUGCUUUGCUCCAAGAAAGCAAGGAAGCGGGGGCUCUGGACUCUGGAAAGAAGCAAAGCCUUAGUCAGAGAUGUUUGGAACUGAGGAAGUCUGUUGAUGAAAAUAUCUCUGCUCUACAGAACCUGAAGAAAUCAGAUGAGCCUGCCCCUGUGGGAAAUUAUAAUCAGAGAAAAGAAGAAGAAGGAGCAAAAUUGUUAAUGCUUUCUGAGCAGCUGGACAAACUUACAGCAAUCUUUAGCCGGGAAGAUGUGACCAUGGACUCCAGCAUCAAUACUAAAAGGAAGGACAGCCCCAAAACACUACAAGAAAACGAAGAAAGUGAAGAGGAAGAUGAUGAUGAGGAGGAGGAGGAAGAUGAUGAUGAUGAAGAAGAAGAAAGUACACAGGAUGAUGGUGAUGAUGAAGAGGAUGGCGAAGAUGAAGACAAACUCGGAGAUGAUUCAGCUAUUAAAUUUUUUAUCACUCUUGGUGAUUUUUCUGCACAGCAAGAAGGCGACCUGACCUUUAAAAAAGGCGAAGUUCUGCUUAUCCUUGAGAAAAAGCCUGAUGGUUGGUGGCUGGCUAAAAACUCCAAAGGGGAGAGGGGCCUUGUGCCUAAAACCUACCUUAUGGUGAAAGAUGUGGAAGAGGGCCAAGAACCAAGUGAAGAGGAAACUGAGGAAGAUAUAGAGGUGGCAGAUGAAACGGAAGGAGGGGCCAACAUUCUGAAAAGAACAGAUUCACACUGGAGUGCUGUUAAAAAGGCCAUCACAGAGAAUAAUACCUUAGAUGCACUGACAACUAUGGGAGCAGUUCCUGCAGGAUUCCGACCUUCAACACUUGCACAGCUCUUGGAAGAAGGAGUUCAGUUUCGGGCUUCUUACUUCUUACAACCUGAGCUCACACCUUCCAAUCUUUCUUUCCGAGAUCUAGUGUGGAACCCGGAAAAAGGCACUAUUCAGUCAAGGCCAACUCGGCUAUCACUGAUUGUGACCCUAUGGAACUGUAAAGGCAUUCCUUUUCCUGGAAUGAGCAUACAAGUCCUGAGUAGACAUGUUCGACUCUGCCUUUUUGACGGUAACAGAAUACUGAGUAAUAUUCAUACAGUUAGAGCUACGUGGCAACCUAAAAAUCCCAAAACAUGGACCUUUUCUCCACGGGUCACUGGCAUCUUACCAUGCCUGCUUGACGGUGAUUGUUUUAUUAGAUCCAAUUCCUCAUCUCUGGACAUAGGCAUAUUAUUUGAACUUGGGAUCACUUACAUUCGGAAUUCAACAGGUGAGAGGGGAGAAUUAAGCUGUGGCUGGGCAUUUCUAAAACUUUUUGACUCAAGCGGACUUCCAGUUUCCUCCAAAACGUAUGAGCUGAUUUUGAAUGGUGGGACUCCCUACGAAAAGGGCGUUGAAGUAGACCCCUCGAUUUUGAGAAGAGCCAGUGGCAGUGUUUUCCAUAACAUGAUAACACUGAGGAAGCAGCCUCAACUUCUGGUGAAACUGAGGUCAUUAAGCACCAACUCCAGAGCAAUAUUGAAUUCUGCUACAGAAGUAUUAAUUGGCAGCAUGAGCUAUAUACACCUUUUAUUAUUUUAUCGUCAGAUUCUUGGUGAUGUGCUCCUCCGGGACAGACCAAACAUGCAAAAUGCAGAUUUGAUUGGCAAUCCAGUUUUGGCAACUUUCCCCAAACUCAUGGAGCAGCCUGAUCUCAUGGACGCGCUCAGGAGUGCCUGGGCAGAGAAGGAAAGCACGCUGAAGAGAUCUGAAAAGAGAGAUCGGGAAUUUUUGAAGUCUGUAUUCGUCCUGGUGUACCACGAUUCUGUCUUCCCUCUUCUUCAGUCUGUGUUCCUCCCAGAGUUCAAGUGGGCAGAAGAAGAAUCUGAAGGCACUCGCUGGCGGAUGAUUGCCGACUUCUUGAAGAAAAACCGAGAAAGGGACGGAGCUCUGUCCUCUCUGCUGUCAUCAGAAGGCCUUCACAAAGCUUUUGAUGUUGCAGAAAUAGCAUAUGAUUUCCUUGGAGAGGCUAGGAAGAAUAAUCCUUUAGUAUGAAUGGACUUUAGUGUGAAUGGACCUCUUCCAGUCGCCAUGCCAACGCAAAUCAAUUAAACAUACUUGAUGUUCUGGCCAAAAAAUUCAUAUUUUUAUAUUUGUAUAUCAUUUUUAUAAAUACAUUGUAUUAGUAUUCUUCCUUUUUGUAUUCAGAUAUGUUGGCUUUGGAUACUUUGGUUU